CUGAGCGGAGCCGGAAGCGGCUAGUGUGGGGGUUUCCGCCAUGGAGGGGCCGGGGGUAGGCCCGGGCCCAGGGUCUGCGCGGCCACUCACGGAGGACGAGAUGGCGGAGGUGAAAAAGGAAGCUUUAGAAAGGAUGCGUCCUUAUUUAUGUGACAAAAUCAUAGCUGAGAGACACUUUGAUUACCUACGAUCAAAAAAAAUUCUUACUAGAGAGGACGCCGAAGAAAUUUCUUGUCGACCCUCAAGUAGGAAAAAAACUGGCAAGUUAUUGGACUAUUUAGCAGAAAAUCCAAAGGGACUCGAUACUUUGAUUGAAUCUAUCAGACGAGAGAGAACACAGAACUUCCUCUUAGAAAAGAUAACUGAUGUGGUGUUGAAGGUCAAAAAUGAAAAACUUGAAGCUCUCAAAGGUCUAAGCUGUAGCACCUGUAUGACCUCACUGUAUGGAGGAACAAAUAAUCUUUCUAGGUCAUAUUCUGAUGAAUCGAAUUUCUAUGAAAAAAUAAAAGGCAAAGAACCCACCCAUGUUUAUCUUACAGAAGAAGAGUUCAGUACAGCUGCCUUUAUGUCUGCUGCAUCUCUUCGUUCAAUGAAUCUACCAGUUGUGGAAAUGGGAAGUGCAGAAAAUACAGUUUUCUCAGCCACUCUUCCAGGACCUGGGGAUCCUGGAGGACCCCCUCUUCCUCCAGAUCUGCAGUCUGAACAACAAGAAGCCUGUACCAGCUCAAGUGACAAUCUUUUUCUGCCUUUGAGAUCACGUUCUCUUCUACCGCAGUGAUCUUCAGUGAUACUUUUUUUUAAAGUCUUUUCUUUCAAAGAGCCCACUGCUUGAAUAGGUGUGGAAAUUGCAAAUUCGGACAAAUAGUGUGUGAUUUGCAACACAUCUUUUUUUAAA